CCCGAGGUGACGGCCAGCCCCGCGCCCACCUGGGACGCGCCCCCGGACAAUGCCUCCGGCUGCGGGGAGCAAAUCAACUACGGCCGGGCCGAGAAAGUUGUGAUCGGCUCCAUCCUGACGCUCAUCACGCUGCUGACGAUCGCGGGCAACUGUCUGGUGGUGAUCUCCGUGUGCUUCGUCAAAAAGCUCCGCCAGCCCUCCAACUACCUGAUCGUGUCCCUGGCGCUGGCCGACCUCUCGGUGGCCGUGGCGGUCAUGCCCUUCGUCAGCGUCACCGACCUCAUCGGGGGCAAGUGGAUCUUUGGCCACUUCUUCUGCAACGUCUUCAUCGCCAUGGACGUCAUGUGCUGCACGGCCUCGAUCAUGACCCUGUGCGUGAUCAGCAUAGACAGGUACCUUGGGAUCACGAGGCCGCUCACGUACCCUGUGAGGCAGAAUGGGAAGUGCAUGGCGAAGAUGAUUCUGUCUGUCUGGCUUCUUUCUGCCUCCAUCACCUUACCUCCGCUCUUCGGAUGGGCUCAGAACGUCAAUGACGACAAAGUGUGCCUCAUCAGCCAGGAUUUUGGCUACACGAUCUACUCCACCGCAGUGGCAUUUUAUAUCCCCAUGUCCGUCAUGCUGUUCAUGUACUACCAGAUCUACAAGGCCGCCAGGAAGAGCGCUGCCAAACACAAGUUCCCCGGCUUCCCUCGCGUGGAGCCCGACAGUGUCGUGGCCCUGAACGGCAUGGUGAAGCUGCAGAAGGAGGUGGAAGAGUGUGCUAACCUUUCGAGACUGCUCAAACACGAGAGGAAAAACAUCUCCAUCUUUAAGAGGGAACAGAAAGCAGCCACCACCUUGGGGAUCAUCGUGGGGGCCUUCACCGUGUGCUGGCUGCCGUUCUUCCUCCUGUCCACAGCCAGGCCUUUCAUCUGUGGCACUGCCUGCAGCUGCAUCCCCCUGUGGGUGGAGAGGACAUUUCUGUGGCUGGGCUAUGCAAACUCUCUCAUUAACCCUUUUAUAUAUGCCUUUUUCAACCGGGACCUGAGGACCACCUACCGCAGCCUGCUGCAGUGCCAGUACCGGAACAUCAACCGGAAGCUCUCGGCCGCAGGCAUGCACGAGGCCCUGAAGCUUGCUGAGAGGCCGGAGAGACCGGAGUUUGUGCUACAAAACUCUGACUACUGUAGAAAAAAAGGUCAUGACUCAUGACCGAAAGCGGAAUAAUGGAGAUGAAAUAAACAAAGCAAAACACAGGUGGAAACAGAACAAAAUCACUUGCCGAGACUGCAGAAUGGAAUGUGGCUUCUGUCCUUUCUUGGGAUGGCUAACACCGACCGACAGGGUGAUCUGUUGUACAAAGUGUAUCAUGGGGAGAUGCGCCCUCUCCUUGUUCUUGUGGAUGAGUGCUGUUGUGUGCAAAUGAAAAUCGUUCUCCGUUUAAGAUAGCCGAUCAUCUCAGCAGUCAGCACACCACAGAGCUGAGUUCUAGGAAGGAAGCAGUUUCUGGUGCUUUGCAUAUGUCCACAUCAUACAAGUAGGGGAAAGUUCCAGUGCACAUGUCUCAUGCAUCUGAGUCUAGGCAUUGGCCAUUGCAGUGAAUAUUCAGGAACCAUUCACGAGACAGAAUGUAUUUUGUGUAUGACAGAGGGUGUUUUCCAAGCAAGCCGCGGUAAGCCUCGUGUUGAGUAUGUUGCAUGUCUAUGUUAGAAAACAGAAUCCAGUCAUCAGCUAAUAUAAAUGAUUUCCCAGAACAAUGUUUGUUUAAAGCUUCUGUCAAACAGUUUGGCUUUUCUGCAGGGUCCCUGUGACUUUCCCACCAAUAUACUUUCUCUGUUAACUCACUGGCUCUUACAGUAUAACUCAGGAACAGGUCUCAGGCUGGAGAGAAGCGUAAAGCCGAGUAAAGGUUUUCCUUGCACUCAUGCUUCUGAGAGGUGCUGAGGGUGAGGGGAGCCCUUCUGUGAGGACUUUGCCCUGUGAAGAGCGAGUACUAUGUAACCGCGUUGAAUAUGCAAUGAUUAUUGGCAUGUUUUUGACUCUCCUUUUACCCAAGGGUGCAGUGGGCCCAGAGGCAGGCCCGUGACCAUGUGAGGUGGCCGACGUGUGGGAAUAACGGGGCUGCCAUGAACGGCUGAGAUACUUCUGGAGGUGGUGUGUGCACAUGUGCAUUCUCUUUGUGUGGCUUUUCAUGGCACUGAUUUGUGUGAACUGGAGGUCACCUGGGCCCUUCCUGGGAAACGCUCCAGAACACCAUCCUGUUCCCGCUGGAGAAUUUCUUUUUGUGUUCUCUGUCUCUUAAAUCAAAUGUGUGCCCGGGGAAGUUUGUCUAAUGCACCCCAACCCCCACGCCACCAAGAAAGAAAGGUGGUAGACACGAAGGGCAGGUCAAGAAACAGAAAAGGUCCCUUUGGGGAUAGUUUUUAUUUUUAUUUUUUAAUGGUAUAGUAUAGGUAGGUAUGAGCUAAGGAAAAAGUAAGACAGUGCAUCAGAAAAGAAGAACCAAAAGAAAAUAUUAUUUUCCUACAACAAAGGAAGCUGUCCUCGCACAGAAUGCAAUGGAAUUCCAUCGUGGAAUACAGACUUCUUCCAACUUUCAUUGACAUUGCUUCUUACCAGACACGGGGCGGGCUGCCUUUCCUGAAAGGAGAGGCUGGCACUGUCAUUUCUGAAAAAGCUUGUACAAACCACAGAUUUGCUAA